GCUUGAUGUGCAAAGCCUAAACUAUUGGAAAUAAGAUCACUGAUUUCGUGCUUAAGGAAGAACAGGAGUCGUUCAAGCUCACUCUCAAGGCUAUUAAGAGGAACUAUGAUAAUAUUAAGCUCCAAAAAUUACAAAAUAUUUUAAAGAAGAAGAAAUAGGAAGAAAUUUAAGUCGAAUAGAAGGAUUUCUGUCAUUAAGCCUAUCAGAAUUAAGAAGAAUUCUUUACUUGGUAUGGUCAUUCCUAAAUCAGGAAGAAGAUUUGCUAAUUCCAUCAGCCUUAAGAGCCAAUAUUUUAACAUGUGGUCACCAAAGAAGAGAGGAAUUCCUUCGAAUGCGAGUUUUGCAGCUGAUAUGUAUGAUACUUUUACCGAAAUCUGUGAAGGUGAAAGUUCUGUUUCAAAAUAAUUCCCAGAAUAGUCAACCUUCUUCUAGGAAGAAAAAGACAAUUAACGAUUUGACAAGUCAACAGCGAAAGUUACUUGAGCUAGCGAGGGAGAAAUAUAGCAGAUUUACUAGGAAAUGAAACAAGCAAAAGAAGACCAAGUUUAGAAGGAAAUCAAAGUUUCAGAAACAAUUUAAGGAGUUUGACAAGAUGAGUGCUAUUAGAUAUCCUACUUUGAACAACACAAAAAUGAAUAAUGGGUUUCAUAACAACAUUCCUCAAUUUCGGAGAUGUACCAAGGAGGAGCAUGCUAGUUUUCUGUGUGAUUUACCAAAACUAGAUAUUUCCACUACUCCCAUAGAGCUUAAGUCUAAAUCCCGAGUAGGCUUGUAAAUUAACUCUCAUUUAGGCCCAAAAGUCUAAACUCCU